AUGAAAUCAUUCUUAUCCUUAUCAUUACUUGUGUUAUCUCAAAUCGCCAUUUCUUUAGCCAUCUCUCCAAUCACUGUCAAAGGUAAUGCCUUCUUUGAUGAUGAUGGUAAUCGAUUCUAUAUUAGAGGAGUCGAUUAUCAACCAGGUGGUUCUUCAAACUUAGUCGAUCCUUUAGCUGAUUCAACCAUUUGUGAAAGAGAUGUGGCUUAUUUCACCGAAUUAGGUAUUAAUACCGUCAGAGUCUAUUCCGUUGAUAAUACAGCUGAUCAUGAUGAUUGUAUGAAUACUUUAGCAAAUGCCGGGAUUUAUGUCGUAUUAGAUGUAAAUACUCCUUAUGCUUCUAUUGCCAGUGAAUCGGCUGCUUGUUCUUAUAAUACUGAUUAUAUUCAACAAGUUUUAGCUUCAGUUGCAAAAUUCGCUGUCUAUAAUAAUACUUUAGGUUAUUGGGCUGGUAAUGAAGUUAUUCAUGAUGCUGGAUCAGUAAGUGCUGCUCCUUAUGUUAAAGCAGUAGUAAGAGAUAUGAAAACUUUUCUUCAAAAUAGAAAAUUUAGACAAAUCCCAGUAGGUUAUUCUGCUGCUGCCAUUGAUGAAUAUAAAGUUCCAACUGCAGAAUAUUUUAAUUGUGGUGAUGAUGAUUUAGCUAGAGUUGAUAUGUUUGGAUUUAAUGAUUAUUCUUGGUGUGGUGAUGCUUCAAUUUCAACUUCAGGUUAUCAACAAGAUUUAGAAGGUUUUAAUAAUUAUUCUAUUCCUUUAUUCUUUUCUGAAUUUGGUUGUAAUACGGUAUCUCCAAGACCUUUUACUGAAGUUGAAGCAAUUUAUUCAACUCAAAUGUCUUCUGUUUUCUCUGGUGGUUUAGUUUAUGAAUAUUCUCAAGAAGUUUCAAAUUAUGGUUUAGUAACUAUUAAUUCUGAUACUUCAGUAACUCCAAAUCAAGAUUUUACAAAUUUAAAAAAUCAAUUUGGUAAUGUUACUGAUCCAUCCGGUGAUGGUGGUUAUAAAUCAAAUUUAACUUAUGCUUCAUGUCCUGGUUCUUCAUCAAUUUGGAAUGCUACCACUAAUAUUCCAGAUACUCCAAAGGGAGCUCUUAUUUAUAUUGAUGGUUUUGUUAAUCCUGUAGGACAAGGUUUCAAUGCUACUACUCAAUGGGCUUGUGCUGAUCCAGAUGAUAAUGUUGAUACUACCGGUAAUUAUACUUCAACUCUUGGAUCUCCUGCAGUAUUCCUGGGUUCAGGUUCAUCAACUUCAACUUCUUCAAGUAGUUCAAGUUCUUCAACUUCAACUAAAAAAUCAGAAGCUGAUAAUCUUAUUCCAUCUCAUUAUGUUAAUAAAGUAAAUUACUUAGGUUUCUUUGCUGUUUUAGUUGGAUUUGCCUUAAUCUAG